AUGGAAGAGGAACGGGAAACUCCACCGUCAACAUCGUCUGCCGUAUGUGAACUCCCCCUUGCUGCUAAACCGCUAGAAGAAACUGCUUUGGGAGAUGAAUCCAGCGUGACCGCUGACGAUGUGGAGAUAUCUGAACAAAACAAUAUUGAUCGAGGAUAUUUUGUCGAAGGUGAUGUUUAUCUGGACGACUACGUUAUGGGAAAAACAACUGACUUACCGGAUGAUGAACUUACUAUGUCAUACCGACAAGUAUUUGGUCCUGAUGACGCCCUCGAACAUAUUGAUUUCCAACUUCCGGGUCAAAGCGCCGGUCUGGAUUCUGAAUCGAAUGCCAUUGACUAUGACGAAGCCAGUAGCGAAGAUGUGGAACAAAUCGGCUCGGUAAAUCCUUUCAGACCGGCGAUUGAUAAGAACUGCAGCGGUUGUGGAGCACAAUUACACUGUAAAGAUGCUUCUCUACCAGGUUUUUUACCCGAGGAGCUACUCGAUAAAGCAGCUCGCAAGAGAGCCUCUUCAGAAGCAAUAUUAUGUCGGCGAUGUCACCUCUUGAAACACCAUAAUUUCUUGCUGAAUGUUAACGUUUGCCCGGUGGACUAUGAAUCCGUCAUGUCAUGCCUUCGACUGAAUCCCGAAGCCUUAGUGUUGUUGGUUGUGGAUGUUACUGAUAUCCCAGGAAGCAUUCAUCAACAGCUUCCGAGAAUUAUCGGGCCACGACGACCCAUGAUAGUUCAGUGCAAAUAA